GUUCGAAGGUUAUGUUAUGUACUCCCUUCCUCUUCUCCUUCUCUCCUCUUUUCUGGCGCCGGUUGUCUGCUGCAGUGACGAAGACGAAUUGAAUUGUGUAUGUUACGACUUACUUACGUGGAUUUUUUUUUAUUCCACGCUUUUCCAUUAGUAGUACUUAGUGGCAUGGAAUCUAGUAUUAGUUAGUGAAAAAAUCUAUUGGAUACCUAGUUGUAAGUGAAUGAAUUAAACAUAAUUGGUAAAUGAUGAAACCGCUCCGCCCCAGGCCAAAUUACCUGCCACUCGGGAGAUUUUUCAGUGGCAAGGCUAAAGAGGAUAAACGUCUAAAACAAGAAAAAUGGAAUACUGUAGUAGGACUAGAAAUACACGCACAAAUUUCCUCUCAGUCAAAAUUGUUUUCUGGUGCCAGUACAAAAUUUGGAACUCCAGUUAAUUCCUGUGUCUCUUUUUUUGACUGCGCAACACCAGGAACAUUGCCUGUUUUAAACAGGAAAUGUGUUGAAGCGGGGGUGGUAACUGCACUUGCCUUAUCAUGCAAAAUAAAUGAGUUCUCGCUCUUUGACAGAAAACAUUACUUUUAUGCAGAUUUGCCUGCUGGUUAUCAAAUCACACAACAGCAAAAGCCCCUAGCAAUCGAUGGUAUAGUUAAUUUUCAUGUAUUUACUCCAGGAGUUCACAAAGAGCCUUAUUUAAAAUCAUCCAAAUUAAAACAGUUGCAGUUAGAACAAGACAGUGGAAAAUCAAUUCACGAUGGCUCAUACAAAAUGAGCCUAAUUAAUUUAAAUAGAGCUGGAAUUCCCUUGAUGGAAUUUGUGUUUGAACCAGAUUUGAGUGAUGGGGAAGAGGCAGCUGCUCUAGUCAAAGAGCUUAAACUUAUCCUAGAAAGAUUAAAUACGUGCUCAUGUCGAAUGGAUGAGGGAGCGUUGAGAAUCGAUGCAAACGUGUCAAUUAACAAACUUGAUGAAUCUUUGGGUGUGAGAACGGAAAUAAAAAAUAUUGGAAGUGUUCGAGCAGUUGCAUCUGCCAUCAAUUAUGAAAUUAAACGUCAGAUAAAUGAAAGAGAAAAAGGAAAUCUUAUUGUCAAUGAAACGCGAACCUGGGACGUUGUGGCUAAUAAAACUGUUCCUAUGAGAAGUAAAGAGGAGAAAUUAGAUUAUCGCUUUAUGCCAGAACCAAAUUUACCACCACUUUACAUUCAUUUGGACGAAAAUUCGGAAAAUGUAUUUAAUUUGGUAGAUGCUCCAUAUUUAAAAAGCCAUAUUCCUGAAAUGCCACAGGAAACUCGAGAUAAACUUGCCACACACUACAAAGUUCACAACGCUUUAAUCCUUGUAUUGGUUAAUGAGCCAGCUCUUUUGGAUUUGUUCUUCUAUAUUGUUGGCGAAAACAAAAAACGAACACCACAAGUAGUUGCUAAAACUUUAGUUUAUCAACUUUUAGCAUUUUUGUACAAAAACAAGUUAAAUUUGGAAUUCGGUCACGUUAUACGAGAUCAUCUUGGUCAGCUAAUAGACCUGUUUGAAUCUCAAAAAAUAAAUUUGAACAUAUUCGUUAAGGUUUUAGAAGAAAUUUCGAAAAAUCCUGAUAACUCACCUGAACAGAUUAUAAAACAAAAUAAUUGGUUUUUGAUCGCUGAUGAAGAUGAAUUAGUGAAAAUAUGUCAAGAUUUGAUUGAUCAUCAUCCAAAUCAAGUAGAGAAAUAUAAAAAAGGCAAAAAGAAAUUGUUUCGAUUUUUUAUGAAUCAAAUUGUAAAAGUUACAAACGAAAGAGUAGAUAUGAAACGUGUUGAUGCAAUUCUCCAUAAAUUGUUAGAUUAA